AUGGCAUCCGAGGAAAGUUCAGAAAAUGGUGGUUCCCUUAGGCUUGGACGCCCCACCACAGGUGCUGAUAUUGGAGAGCUGCAACAGAAAAUCAGUCAAGCCGAGAAAGAAUUAGGACAACUCAAAUUAGAAUUAGAUCAGACAAAACAACAAGCCAAGCAAGCUGAGAUCUAUGCUCAAGAAAGUGGAAGAACAAAUCGAAAACUGAAAACUGAAAUACAAACGCUUACCGACAUGAGUAAUCGUAAGGACAGACAAGCUGAAAACUCAAAGGCAACUGCCUUUUUCUUUGAGGGGCAAGUUAAAAAAUAUAUGGAUGAAAUUGAGACAGCAAGGCAAGGUAUGGGCCAUUUAAAGGAGCUGGACGAUCAGUUGAAUCAAGCAAAGGCCGAGCAAGCAGAGCUUGAAAAAACAUCCAAAGAAGAAGCUAUCCGUGUCAAGGCCACCAUCAAAUCUAUGCAAGAAGAGCACAGGGAAAGAAAAGAGGCUCUCAAAGCUGAAAUUGAUAAGGCAUAUGCUGAACUGGAAAAGACAUCUGCUCUAGCUCUGCAACUACAACAAGAAAUUCAACAAAAGAUGGAAGCCGAAAUGCCAGGUUUUGAUAUACAUACACUGGAAAGAGAGCAUCGCGCUUUGGAGCAGAAACAAAUGGAGGCUGUGAAGCAGGUAUACGAAGAAGUUGAUCAAUUGCGCAAAAAGCUGGAGCAAUCUGAAGCUUCGACUUUAUCACACGAGGAAAGUAUGGUCGUUGUCAAGGAAGAAAUGGAUAGAAUUAUGCGUCGACUUCGUGCCAUUGAUCAGCUGUCUGCUUUGACUGAUGGGGAGACUGCUGCUACAGAAUAA